AAUCGAAAAUUAUCAAAGAUAAAUCAGCAACAAUCUCGAGCACUACUCCUCCUCCACAAAAGAAAUACUACGAGGAGUACUUUCGUUAAGCUGAUACCAAAAUGAGAAUAGAAAUAUAGACGAUAAGCACUGCGAUAUGAUUUCAUUUGUUUUAUCCCACUACAAAAUCGUUCUCAUAACGAUAGGAACUGUUUUUCUCCACUUUACCACUAAAAUUGAAAACUUCACCCAUCGAGUUAUUAUUUGCUUUCUUCGAUAAUGCCACACCAUAAAACUUUUGUUUAGUAUUAGUCUUAGGACGAAAAAAGUUUGGAUAUCAUGGGUCAAUAUAAACCAGAAAUAUUCUGCUAGAAGCCUCAUCAAGCAUACAUUUUGUGCAAAUCACGCAUACUAUUUGAGUACGUUUUAAGUAUAUCCUAAGUUAAGUAAUCGCAGCAAAAUCAAUCGAACAAAAUCUCAAAACAACAAUACAAAAACCGAACAAAGAGCCAACUCCCCGAAUAAUUGUAUCUCAUAAUUUUAAUCGAUAAAAACAGAUGGCACAUAUUGUGGGUGUUCCGAAACGUGAGCCUUGUAAGCACUGUGGCCUUCCAAUAUUUUUUGCAGAACGUUUAGCUAUUGAUGGGUCAUUUUAUCAUCGAAAAUGUUUGCGUUGCGCUCGUUGCUCCACUCAAUUGACAGUUGGAAGUUUUUAUGAAACGGAAUCGGGCGCUUAUGUUUGCGAAACGUGUCCGGAUGAAGAGAAGAAAAUGCAAAUCGGCAACAACAAUGGCGUUGAGCAUUUUUCGGAACUGUCACCACAAGUGGCAGAUGAGCAUCGACAAUCGUUCAGCGAAAAACUUGCCAUGUUCCAAUCGAAUGGCAAAGGUUUACUACAGAAAUCGCUUAGCGACGAAGAGAAAUCGAAAAGUUUGAAGCGUCUCACUGAACUUUAUUCGAAAAAUUGUACACAUGAUGCAAAUGAUAUCAAACAAACGAUAAAUGAAACUGACGAUGUACAAAUUGAUGAACAGAAUGAUGACGAUGGUGGUGGUGGUGGUGGCAGUGCUGCUGUUGCCGCUGAAUUAUCUACUUCUGAAAGUAGUGACGAAGAGGAUGAAAAACCACCAUCGUUACCAAAAACAUUACCACCUAGUCUCAAUCUGCCCACAAUUGAUGCUGCAAAGCCAAAACUACCACCGAUCCCGUCAAAAGCAAACGUUCUCAAUAAAUUAUAUGGAAAAAAUGUAAUGGAUAAAGUGCAUCAAGACAAUAUAAAAAUAGACGCGAGCACAUCCAAUCAAAAAUUGCCAACGCAAACAAUCACAGUACCAUCAAUAGACACAAAUGAACAAUCAUCAAAUAUCGAACAACAACAAAAUGACAACAACAGUGCGAAUAUUAAAGAAAAUCACAAGGAAACGCCCAGCAUUGGUGCAUCAGUUUCACAGAAUGAAGAAAAAGUGAACGGAAUUGAAAGUAACCUCAAUACAAAUAACAGUUUGCCAUUAGAUGCAUUAAACAGUUUAACUAAUGUUACCAAAGAAAAUGCUAAAUUCAUCGGGGCAAGCCAGCAUAAUAAUGCUAACGUGCAUCAUUUAGAAGAAAACAAAAGAGAUUCUAAUGGCAUUGACAAUGAUGACAACGACGACGACAAUAGACACGUUGAACAAGGUACAACCGAUACAAAAAAUCUUAACCAGUUAGAACCGAAUCUUUUUGCAAUGGAAAACGAACGCGAAAAUAUCGUCGAUGAAAAACAAGAACAGAAACAAGAACAAGUACAAACAGAGCAAAAAGAACAUGAACCACAAAGUCUAAGUAGCAAUGAAUGCAAUGAGAACAUCGAUGUUGAUACGAAUAACGAUAAUACAAACAAUCUUGAAAGUAUCACGAAUAUAAGAGCAAAGUCAAUAAGUGAUAAUGAUAGCCAGAAUAUGGUUCGUUCGCGUCUCAGUCAAUUCGAGGCAUUACUUCAAUCGACAGAGAAAAAGCAAACACCACAUUAUUCACCUAGAUUAAAUCGAAGUUCAGCACUUGCAGAAAAUGUAACGAUGCAAAAUGAGCAAAAGAAGUCAAUUGAAGUCAAUGACAAAUUAAAUGUUACAGAUGCAACCGAUGUAAUUGUACAAUCGAAUGUAGAACUAGAACCACUCACACAAUUCGCAUUAAAUGCUGACGAUGAAAAUAUUGUCGUUAAUUCAAAUGCUGACUCAAGCAAAAUAUUGAAUACAUCUGAAAUGAAUGACAUUGAUAUAAAAAGACCGGUUCCUCGUCAACGUGCUACAUUAAAUGUGCGCCUCGAAGAAGUUGCAAACAAUCCUCAUGCCGAUAGUCCACCUACUCCAUACAAACGAAAACAAAAGCCAACUACAUCUGAAUCGGAACCAUUGGCCGAUAAACAUCAGAUGGUCGAAGAUAAUUCGAAUAAUUUAGACAAUGAACAUAAAAGAUUGCCAGACUGUUCGAUGAAUAGUGAAAACAAUGUACACAAAAAAGAUGAAACGAAUUAUCCAAAUGGAUUGAAUCCGUUUGGUAGCGAUGAUGAUGAUGAUGAUGAAAAAGAUGAACAAAAUGAUAGUAACGGUCAAGUGGUUCGAAAACGAAAAGAAAGCCUAAAUCCAUUUGAUAGUGAUGAUGAUGAAAUCGAGUUGUUAAAAGAAACAACACCCAAAAAAAUUCCAUCUAAUCACAGAAUUUCAACGAAUCCAUUUGGAAGUGACAGUGAAAAUGAAACCGACACCGAUUCUUUAUCAGCUAAACGAACACCGGUACCAACGCCGCGUAAACCAAUGAAUGGAUCGAUGUUACAACAAACAACAUCAGAUGCAUCGCCUCGUAUGUACAAUACUCUGCAUCCAAAAAUACGGUUACACACCGGUGAUAAUUUUCACGGAAGUGAUGCAUCAUUGGCUUCAUCAACGAAUAACAUCCGCACAUCGAGCACAUUGAAUAGAUCGAGCAAGAUUCAUGGUUCGAUGAGCUCAUUAGCAUCAUCGGCCACACUGCGACACAAAAAAGGCCGAGCACCCGAUAUUCCAAAAGUGAGCGUAAGUGCGAGCAGUAGUCCAUCGCACAGUAUACGAGCUACACCAAUAACAAGGAAAAAACGUGCAGCACCACUACCUCCUUCAGCUAAUAAACACCAAAGUAUGAUGUCGCCAAACUAUCUAACAGCUGGUGCAACAUUAGAAGAAGAUAGUUUAAGUUCACGACACACUAUUUCUAGCGAGUCUGUCGUGGAUUUUCAUCAAAGUGAUUUCGCGCCAUCAAUUGAAAGUAGCUACGUUUCAUCAUCGAAUGAAAUGUCCAUAUCCAGUACGGAACCAAACAAUUUAAGUACAGAAUUCCAAUCAAAUGAAGUAUCUAGUGAUCAAAUGACUGAAUCGACUCCAAUAAAAUCGAUAGAAUCCACAAAUGUUCAACGCAAAUUGAUACCAGUCGAUGAGAGUUUAUUGGACGACCUGGCGACAAAUCAGCAGCAUUCCGACGAAAUGUCGGCUGAAGAAAGAGUAACUUAUCGACGCAAAAUUAUUCCCGACCAAAUAAUAACACCGAUUAAAAGUGUUGUUGUUAUGCCGACCGAUCGACAAUGUGAAAAAAUGAAAGAAAACAAAGAAUCACAAAAUAAAAAUCGUCAAAGUCAAAUCGUGAUGCCAUCAAAUGUAAUGGAAGAAGCGAGUCAAGUAUAUAGUCCAAAUAAAUCAUCGUAUGGCAAAUGGAAGCGUCGCAAGGGCCCGGCUCCAUCGUUGCCAAUUCCACCGCGUAAGGUAAUACAAAUGUUGCCAUUGCAAGAAAUUCGGCAUGAACUCGAGGUCAUCGAAGUACAGCAACAGGGUUUGGAAAAGCAAGGAAUAAUGCUUGAAAAAAUGAUUCGCGAACGGUGUGAAGGCGCCGAAAACGAAAAUCAACCGUUAAAUGAAUGUAAACCAAAUUCAAAAGAAGUCGAAGACCUCAUUCUACAAUUAUUCGAAUUAGUCAACGAAAAAAAUGAGCUAUUUCGCCGACAAGCCGAACUUAUGUACUUACGAAGACAGCAUCGACUGGAACAAGAACAAGCCGAUAUUGAGUAUGAAAUUCGAGUGCUUAUGGCGCAACCGGAAUGUAACAAAACCGAUUCGGAUAAGGCACGAGAGGAAGCGCUUAUAUCGCGCUUAGUUGAUGUUGUGCAAUUGCGGAAUGAAGUAAUUGAAAGUUUGGAAAUGGAUCGAAUACGUGAAGCCGAAGAAGAUCAGAGCAUAAAACAGCGCCUCGAAAUGCAUACGGCAAAGCGUGAUGAAGAAUUGUGUCAACAAACGCCCGUCAAACUAUCGAAAAAAGAGAAGAAAAAACAAAAAGAGUCAAAGAAAUUGGCCAAACAAAAGAAAAUGGAUGCAGAUAAGGAUGCUGAUGAAAGUGAAAUAAGUCAAUCGGAGAAAUCAAAGGAGAAAAAGAAAAAGAAAAAGUUUUUGUUCUAAACCGACCACAAUUAAUGUACUGAGGCCUUCCAUCCAUCAACAUAUGCUAAUAGGGAAAAAAGAGCUAUUGUUUUCGUGAUAUAAAAGAUAAUUUCAAUUUAAUUUCGGAUAAGAGUAAAUGCGGUUCAAAACAUACACAUCCGAUUCCAAUAUCGUCAAGUAGCAAGUUUCGUAGGAACGUUAAGAAGAAAGCAUUUAAUAAUUAAAACAUACUUACAUAUUGAUUGUCCAUCAAAAUUGACAUUAUUAAGAUAUAAGAUAUUGAAUAGUGCGAUUGUUUUAUUGUUAAAACACCAACUCAUCUGCACACACAUACAUACACACACACAUAUGUGCACGCGGGAGUAUCAUUAUUAUAAUUGUUAACGCGCACUGAGUGCUGACUUUGUUUUAAAUGUCGUUUAGAUUUCGAAUAGUAUACAUUGUGAUCCCACACGUAAAUCACUGCACAAGAAAUGUAAAUGCACUGGCCAGUGGUCACACUACGUUUUGCAUAAAUUACGUUACUCAAACCGUCGGUGUAUAGUAGUCGGUGCUUCAAUCAAAUUUAUAUCGUUUAUGAUCACAUGUAGAAACUAUUCUAUAGCUGUUUAUUUUACUUGAAUUUGAAACAGGAACAUUUUUGAUUUAGCUUCUUUAUUUUGUUUUUCUAUGUUUCGCAACAAGAGUUUACAUUUUACAUACAAACACAUAUAUAUAUUUUCUAUAAUCGUUGUAAAAAAUGCCUAAAAUGUUAUUAUUGUAAGUUUAAUUGAAAGUAAUUUUUUUGUCCUUUCCAUUAUGUGAGAGUUCGAUCAAUAAAUGUAUACAUUUCUUUUUUUUUUCAAGCAAUAA